GAUAGAGCUAAGCGGAGGACGCUGCUCUCAGAGCGCUUCAACUCCGACCAUCUUUUCCGGCGCCAGCGGUGGCCAUGGCUGGCCUGAUCCUCCUGGACAUGGCCCUCUCCUUUCUGUGGGUCUGGGCUGGUGCCCUUUCCAAGCUUCUGAUCUACGAUUACCUCGGCGUCCACCAUUACCCCGACGCUGAUGUCCUGAAGAUCGUCGUCGGCGUCACUUAUAUGUUCUUUUUCGCUUGGCUCACCGACCAUACCGGCGGCGCCUCCUACAACCCCCUCACCGUGUUCUCCUCUGCAUUCUCCUCCGGCGUCAAAGGCUUCUUUUUCGUCGUCUUUGUCCGCAUCCCCUCUCAGGUACUUGGAUCUAUUAUUGGAGUUAUGCUAAUCAAAAGAGUAUGCCCUAAAGUUGGUCAUGGACCUCGUUUAAAUGUUGGUAUGCAUCAUGGGGCAUUAACAGAAGGACUGCUGACAUUCUUCAUUGUGCUUGUAUCUCUGGGACUCAAGAAAAAAGACCCCAAAAGCUUCUUUAUGAAGACCUGGAUUUCAAGUGUAUGUAAGGGAGCACUUCAUAUCCUGGGUUCUGAUUUAACUGGAGGAAUCAUGAACCCUGCUUCGGUAAGUGCUAUAUAUGUUAUUUUUAAAAGCAUAAUGCUUGUCAAUCUGAGGUCAUGAUCUGGUUGCACAAGU